AUGGACACAAACGAAUAUCCCGAAGUGACAAUUGAUUCUUUACCGUACAUCGAUCACGAGAUCGGUUACGAAGGAAUGCGUGCAAAGGUCGACAAACUUGUGGAACAAGAAAUGCGAAAGCGGUCAAAUUCUAAACGGGAUCAAGCAUUAAACUUUCCUUCAAAUUUUGAAUUUUUCAAAAAUUCGCCCAUACUUGCAACCGAAUAUCAACGUGUUCAACAGGGAAAGGCGAUUGUAGAGAUGGACACGAGUAGAUAUAAAUUGUCCGAGCCCGACAAUAAGGAGGAUGUGGAGUCAUGGAGCAAAGCCGUGGAUAACUCGAAAUCUCAACUGCAACAUCAAGAUCUGCGAUUAUUCAACCUGGAACUGCUCCAAAAAUAUGGCGCGAAUGCGUGGAGACUCCAUAAUUUCCAGUUGGAACACGAAUUACAGCAAUAUCAAAAAACUUUGGAAGAAUAUCGUCAAAGCAUCUUGGAACUUAAUAAGCAAAGAAAAACGGAACAGGCGGGAAGCCAAAUUGAAUCGCUGGAACUCAAGUGGACCAAGAUGAUCGGUCAAACACUCCAAGUGGAAGUGGCAUGUGCUUCCUUGGAGAGUGAGUUGCGACAAUUGAAGCAGCGUGAACAAGAACUGAUCGCACAAUUAGAACUUGUUAAUCAGAAUGAUGAUGAUAAAGUUGAAUCUCAACCUAAUUCUGAGGAUGAAGCCGAAAAAGAAAAGGAGGCGUGA